UAAAUAAAUUCGAUUUCUUUUAGUUAACCUAACGCAAGCAAAUUCAAAUUUGUGUACAUCGAUAACAAAUCGAUAAAUCGUAAUACGCACCUCACCAGUGAUAGAAAUGUAAAUACACACAGUUUUAGAGUCACAUAGAAAAUAUGCUGCGAAGUUUGUCUUUUCUGAAGGAACGCAGUAUUACAAGCUGUCGACCAUUUGCUGGUACUAUAGCUAGAAAAAGUAGCGAACAACAAACUGCAGAAACUGCACGCGAGGUAAAACAUCAUGAGAAUCUGGCCGGCAAUUGGUGGGAUAAGAAAGGUCCGAUGGGAGCACUUCAUGCGCUAAACGAAAUACGAGUACCUUUUAUACGUGAUGGAUUGGUAACGCGGGGAAAUGUCGAAUCACGUUAUAUAAACACUACAAAGGUUUUGCAUGGACAGCGCAUAUUGGAAGUGGGAUGUGGUGCAGGCUUGCUCACAGAGCAAUUAGCACGACUCGAUGCACAUGUGACGGGCAUUGAUCUGGGCGAGGAGCUUGUCAAGACAGCACGCGCUCAUUUGACAGAUUGCAGCGCUGAGCUGAGCUCCAAAGUGCAGUAUAAAAUGGAAUCUAUAGAACAGCAUACCAAGUCGCAUGGAGAACAUUAUGAUGCUGUCGUGGUGUCUGAGGUAUUGGAGCAUGUAGAGGAUAAGGUAGCGUUAUUGCAAGAUUGCGUGCGCUCGCUUAAGCCAGGCGGCUCAAUUUUUAUAACAACUAUGAACCAAACGUUGCCUAUGUGGCUCGGCGGCGUUGUUCUCGGAGAGUAUUGUCUAAAUCUGGCACCCAAGGGUACGCAUCACUGGGACAAAAUGAUAUCACCGCUGGAUGUGCAACGCAUCUUGGACACAAUGAAUUGUCAGACUGUUUUGUUGAAUGGCAGCACCUACGAUUUUUGGCGAAACACUUGGCGCUGGAUAAACUCCACUCAAAUGUGCUAUGCACUGCAAGCCGUAAAGGAAGUGCCAGCGGACUGUAACUGAGCUUAGUACUUAAGCAAUGUAUUUUACAACUAUAUUUAAUAAGUAAAGAAUAUUAGACUUGUA